UAUGCUAUCUACAAAUAUUUAUCUACAUUCUACAAAGUACAAAGUUAGAUCCCACAGGCUUUAACGAUUAGUUAUGUCUGUGAAUUAUUCGCGUGUGUUUGUCAUUUGUAUUGCGUUCAAAAUGAAUUCAAUUGGUGAUUUAUAUAGACAUAUUAUUUAUACUGAUGAUACAUGUGUGAAUUUUUUAAAACAAAAAGGUGUCUUACCUAAACAAGAAUUUUGUGAAAAAAUCAAUGUUAGCAAUGAAGUGUGUGGUGGCGUUCUCAAGGAAUGUUAUAAAAAUAGCCGCAAACGAGAUUCCGAUGGGCAAUUUGUGAAAACAAAAUACUUACGUUGCCAAACACGUGGUUGUCAAACCUAUCAGUCCAUUCGUAAAAAAAAUCCGUUUUUUACCUAUGUCGAUACUAAUGGAAAAUGUAAUAGCGGAUUAAGUUUAUGCCAGAUUGUAAUAGAGCUCGUAUGGUAUUGGGCACAUGGUAUGCAAGUAAUUCAAACUAUAAAAUGGACAGCUAGAAGUCAACACACCGUGUCGGAUUGGUACAAUCUUUGCCGUGAUAUUUGUGUUGACCAAUUUGAAAAACGUACAAAAAUGGGUGGUGUAGGAUUCGUAGUGCAAAUAGACGAAUCUUUAUUUCAAGGCAAGCGAAAGUAUAACCGUGGUCGUCUACGUCUAGGAGAUCGUCAACCUAGAGAAGAAUCAGGAUCUAGCAGUUCUGAUACUGAUACUGAAAUAACUAAUCGAAAUAACGGUGUACGCGUACAGGGGCCGUGGGUGUUUGGAAUGUGUUGUAGGCGUGAUAAUAUAGUAGAACGCCGAUUGUUUAUCGUUCAAAAAAGAGACCGCACCACUUUGCUUCCAAUUAUUAAAAGAGAAAUUGAGCCAGGGACGACCAUUUUUUCAGAUGAAUGGAAAGCUUACAGCUGUUUAAACGAUCAUGGCUAUAUCUACAAUACCGUAAAUCAUAAAAAUAAUUUCAUUGAUCCCCACAAACAGGAGCUGAAACUCAAACUAUGGAAUGUUAUUGGCGACAUAUAAAGGUGAAAUAUGGUAUAAAAUCGCAUGGUGCCACUAAUUUGCUGGAAAGGCAGCUUAAAGAAGAAUGGUGGCGCUCCAUAAACACAACCAAUACGUUCGAAACAUUUUUUAUUGAUAUGAAAAAUACUUUUCAACUUUAAUUAAGAACAUUCAUUGAUAAUCUUCAUUUAUUUAUGAAGUGCUCUGGUUUAAAAUGAAGUAAGAUUUUUUUAUAUAAUAAUACGACAUAAUUUAUACGUAAAUAGCAAUGUGUAGAUAACAUUUAGUGCGUAGAUAGCAUACGACACCGCUACCCAAAAUCCAAAUUGUACAGUUAAAUACAUUUUUUUUUAAAUAAUAAGGCAGUAAAAUACUACAGCUAAAGUAUAAUUAUUUUUUAUUUAUUUGUUUUUUAAAAUAAGAUAUAAGUGGGUUUAUUAUUCAAAAAUGGCCCUCCGCAUACCAUCAAGUAGUCCAGUGUUUCUCAAUCUUUGUAUUAUAACACAGACUAUUAAAAAUGUUCAUACUUUGUGACACACAAUAAAAAAAAAAAUAAGAAUAAUACCUAUUAAUUUUUGUAAAUAGUGUCAACAAGGUUCGUACAGUUAAUAUAAGUACUUCCCGCGACACGUUUGGCUUACCCGACGUCAUACUGGUUGAGAAACACUGGUGUAGUCUUUCGCGUACCACGGUUUAAGAACUGUUGAUUUAGAAGAAAAGGUUUACGUGGGGAAAUUUCAAAUAUUUAUUUUAAAAAUAUAAAAAAUGAUUUUUGCAUAUUUUCUUGUGAAACUUUCUGUUAAACAUAAAACAAGAAUUUAUUUUAUAUAAAUAUUGUAAAAUCUAUUGACAA